UCUAGCUCCAUGUCACGUUCCAAACCAGCUAAGCUAAGCUAAGCUCCUCUUUCUCCUUUAAGCCUUUUUCUCUUUCUCUAUCCCAAGCUUCGAGAAAGUGCAUGCUGCAACAUAAACCCUCAUACCUAUAAAGACAUCCAACUCCCCGUGAAGUAAAAAUUAAACUGCCCCAGAGAAACUUCUUGCCUAGCUAGCUAGUUUCAUACUCUCUUCCUUCCUCGACCUCAACUAUUCUCUAGCUAGCUAGCUAGCUCUUAUAUAUAUAUAGACCCACUAUCACAAUCACCAAACAAUGAUGACGGCGAUGAUUAUCUAGUUUCUUCUAAUUUCGCGUCAUCUAUAUCGAUGCCCUAGCUUGCUUAGAGGCUUUGUUUUCUGGUGUUAAAGGUGGAAAAGGAAAUAUGGGUAGUGGUGGUAGUGAUGAUCAUGUUUCUUCUAGCUUUGUUAAGGUACUGUUGGGGACGGUUGCAGUGGUGGGCUUUAUCUUGGUUUUGUUGGUUGCUACGCUAGACUUGACUACUACUGAUCAAGGUCAAGGAGAAGGCAUAGGGUCGACAAAAACUGCAGCUACGACCUCAUCAGCAACAUCAGAUCAGUUUGCAGGAAAUAGUAUGAAGCAUGCAGAUCAGGAACUUGUUCAUCCGGAGCUGGAUCUCAACUAUAUGAGCAAAAGAAGAGUUCCUAAUGGGCCAGAUCCUAUUCACAACAGGAGAACUGGCAACUCCGGGCGACCCCCAGGCCAAGCUUAGCCACUGAAGCAGUAAUCUACAAAGUUUAGUUCAGCAGAGAGUGCAGAGCGAAGACGAUGAUGACGGACGUACGAUGAAGAUCGAUCGAUGCCAUGUCUCCCCUUUAGGCUAAUGUGUGUAUGUAUUUUGUAUAAAUCUUGGGACUACAACAUAUAAAAUCUUCUUCAAAACUAUUUGGAAAUCGUUUUCACAGACAGUUCGGGGUAAAUGAAAUGAAGCUUGAGUGAUACACAAUA